AACUCUCCCAAGGAUCCCCUCAAACGGUACGAAGAGACUUUGGCUUAGCUGUAACACACAGGUUCUCUACGAAGUCUUGGUUAUCUCAGAUUUGCCAAGUCUGUCAGAAAAGCAUGAUGUUCGGGGUGAAGUGUAAGUACUGCAGAUUAAAAUGUCACAACAAAUGUACUAAAGAGGCACCUGCUUGUAGAAUAUCCUUCCUUCCCAUAACAAAAAUAAGAAGAACAGAGUCUGUCCCUUCUGAUAUCAAUAAUCCAGUAGACAGACCAACAGAGCCACAAUUUGGAACUCUUCCCAAAGCACUAACUAAAAAGGAGCAUCCACCAGCAAUAAAUCAUCUGGACUCCAGCAGUAAUCCUUCUUCUACAACCUCAUCCACACCAUCAUCUCCAGCACCUUUCCAGUCUUCCAACCCUCCCAGUGCAACACCUCCCCCAAACCCAUCUCCGAUGGGCCAGAGGGAUGGACGAUUUAACUUCCCAGCUGCCUACUACAUUCAGCAUAGACAACAGUUUAUCUUCCCAGAAAUUCCCAGUCCUGCACAAAUAGCACAGCCUCCAGAAACAGCUGCAGACACUAAUGCUCAUGAACGGCCAGACACAGGUGGAGUUGAAUGUGAAGCAGAGGUGGAAGAACCAGAGAGUAAUAAAUCAGAACCUGAAGAUGAUGAGGAUGAGGUGGAAGAUUUGCCAAACAGACGGCCACACUUGCAAGGGAUGAUUUAUCGCAAACCUAGCCAGACCAGCGUCUACCUGCAAGAAUGGGACAUUCCCUUUGAACAGAUUGAACUGGGGGAUCCUAUUGGCCAAGGACGAUGGGGCAAGGUUUACAAGGGAAAAUGGCACGGGGAGGUGGCCAUCAGGCUGUUGGAGAUAGACGGGAACAAUCAGGAUCAUCUCAAGCUCUUUAAAAAGGAGGUGAUGAACUAUAGACAGACCCGGCAUGAGAACGUGGUACUCUUCAUGGGAGCAUGCAUGAACCCUCCUCAUUUAGCAAUCAUUACCAG